AAUAGUGAAACCGACGUCUUUCGCGCAUAUGAACCAGUCUUGCAACUGGUUCCGGCUGCAGGUUCGUCAGUCAGCGGGGAACCAGCGAAGAGGCCGCGCAUCCUGGCGUCCGGCUCGAAGCGCACCAUGAGCGCCGGUCGCGUCCGGUUGAUUCUGUGCGCGGUCCUCGGGCUUUCAGGAAGCCUCCUCAUGCCGCAUCCGGUCGACGGCAGCCCGUACGGCGAUUGUCGUGCGCUGACACAUCCGCAACAUCCUGAGUACUCGGCGGCGGCGGCGGAGACGCUCCAAGGAGUCGAAGUCUCGGACGAGGAAGGCGGUAGUUUGCAGAAUGUUCUCAGUAAUCAAGAAAAGAAAACGCAAUUAUCUUGGAGUCCUGAAGAUGCAAGGGAAGAGAGAGUGGGUUUUGUCGGUGCGAAUAAUGUACUUCGAGAGGUACCUAGGGAGUCAUUCUGGGACGACGACUACGAUAGAGGCUUUUCUCUAAUCGGCCUAGUUGAAUCCAUGAUAUCCGUCGUAACGAGCGGGAUCAGCACGAUGAUGAACAGCUUCGUCGGCACCGAGAAGAAGAACCCGAGGCCGCGCGUUACAAGAAUCAAUUAUAGAAAUUACCAAUUAAUCCGAGUAUUCCCCAAUACGGAGAAUCACGUUGCGGACCUGCGCGACUUGAGAGACGCCGAGCCCGAGGACUUCAAAUUUUGGUCCUUCCCGAUUCCCAACAGAACCUCCGACGUCAUCGUUGCUCCGGAUCUCGUAGACGACGUUAAGGCCUACUUGAAAGAUAGGAAGAUCAACUUCAAAGUGUUGAUAUCGGACAUUCAGAAAGCAAUCUCUUAUCAGAACCCAAAAAUGUCAAAAGAGCAGCGCGAGGAUCUGGUGAUCACUCAGGGCCACACGAUGACGUGGAAGCGCUAUCACCGAUACGGAGAUAUCGUGCGCUAUUUAGAGUACUUGGCCUCCAGGUAUCCCAAAAUGAUAGACCUAACAACCAUCGGCCAUAGUUACGAGGGUCAGCCGAUAAAAAUGGCAAAGAUCUCGAAAGGAUUGAGCAAGGACGGCGGGAGAAAACCAGCGAUUUGGAUUGAUGCCGGCAUGCACGGACGAGAAUGGAUCGGUACCGCUGUGGCGACCUACAUACUGAGUCAGUUGGUGGAGAAGAAUACGAGCUACUCGAAACUGCUGGACAAUUCGGACUGGAUGAUCCUGCCGGUCGCCAAUCCCGACGGUUACGAGUACAGUCACACCGGCGACCGUUUCUGGCGGAAGACCAGGAGCAACCACGUGGAAAGUCAAGAAGAUAGCAGGUACACGCCUUCUAAUUUGCUGCAGUUCGUCACGCACUACACCAGAUGGUUCUGGACUAAAUGCGAGGGAGUUGAUCCCAAUCGCAAUUUCGCUUAUCACUGGGGAGAGGAGAGGGAAGGCGGGACCAGCUCGGAUCCCUGCCACGAGACUUACUCUGGACCCUUCGCCUUCUCCGAGCCGGAGACCAAGGCCAUAGCUAAUUACAUUUUGGCGAACAAACAGCACAUCCGAAUGUACCUGUCUCUGCAUUCUUACUCGCAAAUGUGGCUGGUGCCGUGGGGCUACACACAUUCCAAGCCUUCGGACUACUCCGAUUUGACGAACGUGGCGAAGAAGGCGAUCAACGCGAUCGCGAAAAUUCACGGCACUCAUUACCAGCUCGGAACAAUGGCCGACCUGAUGUACCCAACUUCCGGAGCAUCCGACGACUGGGCGAAAGGCGUCGCUGGGAUUAAGUACGCGUACACGGUGGAACUGCGCGACCGCGGAACCUACGGAUUCCUGCUGCCGGCGUCGCAGAUAAUCCCGACGGCGCGCGAGAUCUGGGCGGGCAUCCGCGCGAUCGCCCGUUUAGUCACGUGUAACACAUGAGGCCGACCUGGGCCUCACAUUCAACGUUCGGACACUCGCUCAGAGAGAUAAGCGUAUCGGAGCCCUUCCCGUAUCGAAGCGGCCGCGACCUCCACCGAUACCUGUGACUGCGACAGGUAUCGAAGCGAGUGUAACGCUUUCGGAAUAUAAUUAAGCGAGCCACUAUCACGAUGGGAGAUAAAUUUAUAAUUAAUUAGAGGCGGAGUAUAUGCGUUAUCUACUUUGGCAUCAUCGGCUCUCGGCUACGAACAAAGGAGAAUGAGAUGCAGCGAGAAAAAUUUUAUGUUGCUCACGAGCGAAAACGCUCGGUC